AUGAACAUGGACCAACAGACUGUCAAGUCGCGUCCGCGAGUCUCGCGGGCUUGUGAAAGAUGUCGUGUCAAGAAGGCAAAAUGCGAUGGUGAGAAGCCUUGCCGGAGGUGCGAUUUAGACAAAGCGCCCUGUUCGUAUAAGAUCCGAAGGAAGACCGAAUCCUCCAGCACGAACCAACGAUACACCAAUCUCCUCCUUCAACAUCAGGAGGCCUUAACGGCAGGUGUGGUGGAAUUGUACAAGCGGCUUGUCCGAGGUCAGAGAUGGGACGGCGCUCCCAUCGAGGAGGUCAACGGCAGUCCCAGCGUACACAGCAUCCUUGAACGAGUAGGAGUACUUGACCAUGAUGAAGAUGCCAACCACUACAACCUCGACUCAUGCUCAACCAAGAACAGAUUGGAACCUGUCUCGCCUGUAGGGCCCAUCAAAGCGUUUGCGCCAACUAUUGCGCCGAAGCCCAAAAGACCGGUUCGAGCAGCAAUGGGAAGGGAAUCGACCAGCCACGCACCUGUCCCAGGCCUCCCUGAGCAGCGGAGUUGCUUUGGUCAGUCGCCAAAAUCAGCCACGGCGACGACCAUGAGCCGGACCUCGACCGCGUGUGGACAAGCAGCUUCCGCACUCGACACAGAUGAAGUACCAGUACAGUCGACAUACUUUCCACAACCGCCCUCACCGCUGACGCCGAUGUCCAACUCACGAAGCAGUUCUCUAGCCCACUGCUCGAGGGUUCAGCUCAAGACGACCAGCACCACGACGACAUCAUGGGUUGACUCACCAGUGGAUGAGUUUUACGACGAGCUAUUCGGCACGCCGAUACCCACGCCACGAACAGAAGUCCAGUCACGACAAGCACAACUACAGUCGGACCACCAAAUUGAACCUCUCCCUCAACCUCAGCCUCAGGGCCAGACUCCGUACACAAUGCCCCCCUCAUUUGCCUCCCCCAACCUCAGCGCCGCGGAAGCCUACAAUGCUGGCUAUUUCUUCGACGCGACACUGGGCGGGGGAAUGCCCAUGUAUGGAUGGGACAGUGGGCCGGGCGGAUCGGGCGGCAUCGAGUACAACGCCUGGGAUACAGGAGUGUAUGUCUAA